AUGGCUAUUUCUCGGAGCUUUAAGAUUAAAGUUCCAGCAUCUUCUGCAAAUAUUGGACCUGGUUAUGAUGUUUUAGGCGUUGGUUUGAGUCUUUACUUGGAAUUAGACGUAAAAAUUAACGAUGUUGAGGAAUCUAGCUCCUCUGUUGAUGCGAAUAAUUGUACUAUAAGCUAUACAGAAGAUAGUGAGGGGUUUGAGUCCGUUCCUUUGCGUUCUGACGAGAACUUGAUCACUAGGACUUCUUUGUACGUCAUGCGCUGUAACGGUAUACGUAAAUUCCCGCCUGGAACAGAAGUUAAUGUGCGUAACCCAAUCCCUCUGGGUAGAGGUUUGGGCUCUUCUGGAGCUGCUGUGGUAGCAGGUGUCAUGUUGGCCAACGAAGUAUCGCAGUUGGGCUUUUCGAAACAAAGAAUGCUCGACUAUUGUCUAAUGAUUGAACGUCAUCCUGACAAUAUCACUGCUGCUAUGAUGGGUGGCUUUUGUGGGUCAUUUCUCCGUGAUUUACCUGCGGAGGAGAUGGAAAGAAGAGAAAUUCCUCUUUCAGAGGUGCUUCCUGAGCCCAGCGGAGGUAUUGAUACCGGGUUAGUGCCUCCUCAACCUCCUAUGGACAUCGGACAGCACGUGAAGUACAACUGGAACCCUGUUAUCAAAUGUAUUGCAAUUAUCCCUGACUUUGAGCUGUCUACUGCAGACUCACGUGGGGUUCUGCCAAAGUCAUACACUACCAAAGACCUAGUUUUUAAUUUACAAAGACUGGCGGUCCUAACAACCUGCUUAACCCAAUCGCCUCCAAAUCCAGAAUUAAUAUAUCCUGCUAUGCAGGACAGGGUUCACCAACCCUACAGGAAGACUCUAAUCCCUGGUUUAACAGAAAUCCUCAGCAGUGUCACUCCUACUUCUCACCCGGGCUUGUUAGGUAUCUGUCUAUCCGGCGCCGGUCCUACCAUCCUAGCUCUUGCUACCGGUGAUUUUGAACAUAUUGCCAGCGAUCUUGUAAACCGCUUCAAAACUUUCAACGUCUCUUCUACCUGGAAGCUUCUUGAUUUGGCUCAUGAGGGUGCAGUCGUCGUAUAG